AUGGGUGACAGUAUACCCAGCCAGGUAUGGGUGAUAGUAAACCCAGCCAGAAAAAGAACAUGCCAGCUAGGCUUACAUAAUCACCACUGCGCCUUGAUUGACAUGGAGAGGUUAAAGAAUCCUGGCAAUUUUCUCAGGUCGGACGGAAGUCCUGGAAAGAGAAGCCAGGAAGAGGAUGUUGGUCUGCCGGAUAAUCAAAUGACAUCUCAUGAACUCCUUGCUGCUAACGCACUUACAAAACAUGAUGAGAAAGGACAUGACGUGAUUGUAACAGACUUACAAAACAUGAUGAGAAAGGUACAGACAGACAGAUUCCGUGCAGAAAAACGGGACUGCAGAUUUCGCUUGGGUGGUCACUGUCUGACCGAGUCCUUGGAUCGUGUGGCCAGUAACUAUUACUACCUGAAGUCGCCGCACUCACCUGGCAGACGUCGCAGACAUCUAGAGGUCACCAGUCGCCGCAGACAUCUAGAGGUGACCAGUCGCUAG